AUGGGUCAACAGCAGUCUAAUCUGGGCGGCGGCCCUGGCGGUGAUGGACGUGAUGACAAGGAUAAGAAGAAGGACAAGCCGAGAUAUGAACCACCUCCUCCACCUACCACUCGGAUCGGAAAGAAGAAGCGCAAGGCUGCCGGCCCCAGCACUGCCUCUAAGCUUCCCGAUAUCUACCCUACCUCGCGAUGCAAGCUACGAUACCUUCGCAUGCAGCGGGUUCACGACCACCUGUUGCUAGAAGAAGAGUACGUUGAGAACAUGGAACGGAUGCGCAAGGCCAAGGCCCAGGCUUCACAAGAUCCCGCUAGCCGAGGUGGUGACUUGGAUGUAAUGGACCGCAACGCCGAUGAGCGGAGUCGCGUCGAUGACAUGCGAGGCAGCCCGAUGGGCGUCGGCAACUUGGAAGAGUUGAUCGAUGAUGAUCAUGCUAUUGUCUCGAGUGCUACCGGCCCUGAGUACUACGUUUCGAUCAUGUCUUUCGUUGAUAAAGAUCUCCUUGAGCCGGGUGCUAGUAUUCUUCUUCACCACAAGUCAGUAUCCGUGGUGGGUGUGCUGACGGAGGAGUCUGAUCCCCUGGUCUCGGUAAUGAAGCUGGACAAGGCACCAACAGAAUCCUACGCCGAUAUUGGUGGUCUGGAACAGCAAAUCCAAGAAGUCCGAGAAUCUGUGGAGCUGCCCUUGCUACACCCCGAGCUGUAUGAAGAGAUGGGCAUUAAGCCUCCCAAGGGUGUGAUUCUUUACGGUGCCCCCGGUACUGGAAAGACCCUCCUCGCCAAGGCCGUUGCCAACCAAACCAGCGCAACCUUCCUCCGCAUUGUUGGCAGUGAGCUGAUCCAGAAGUACCUGGGUGAUGGCCCUCGUCUGGUUCGCCAGAUCUUCUCAGUUGCUGCUGAUCAUGCUCCUUCAAUUGUGUUCAUUGACGAGAUUGAUGCCAUUGGUACGAAGCGAUAUGAAUCACAAUCUGGCGGUGAACGAGAAAUUCAACGAACAAUGCUGGAGCUUCUGAAUCAACUGGAUGGAUUCGAUGAUCGCGGUGACGUCAAGGUCAUCAUGGCUACCAACAAAAUUGAGACAUUGGACCCUGCUUUGAUCCGACCUGGUCGUAUUGACCGUAAAAUUCUCUUCGAGAACCCGGACCAAAACACCAAGAAGAAGAUCUUUACCUUGCAUACAUCGAAGAUGUCUCUCGGUGACGACGUUGAUCUUGAGGAGUUCAUCAACCAGAAGGAUGACCUUUCCGGUGCCGACAUUCGUGCCAUUUGUACUGAAGCUGGUUUGAUGGCCUUGAGAGAACGCCGGAUGAGGGUGCAGAUGGACGAUUUCCGAGCUGCUCGUGAACGCAUCAUGAAGACCAAGCAGGACGGCGGUCCCGUGGAAGGUCUUUACUUGUAA